AUGCCUCCCGCGGCCACGCCUCCACCCGGGAAGUCAUAUAAACGGCUGGCAGCGCCCGCGCGCUCACUUCGCAGCAACCCCGGAUCCGCGUUCAUCUAAGUCUCCUCGGAUUAACUUCGAGGGGGAUUUUGCAAUCUUCUUUUUUCCCCUGCUUUUUUCUUGGGAAGUCCUACCGCCUUCGGAAGGCCUCGGACACUUCAGGUCGCACGGGAAGGAUUUUGUCUCUUGGAUUCGGAUCUGGACUGUAAUUUCUCGUGGGGAAUCUUCCGUGGGGGUCUGCUGUGGAGUGUGACUGCAUCAUGACCCUGGAAGAGCUGGUGGCGAGCGACAACGCGGUUCAGAAGAUGCAGGCGGUGACUGCCGCGGUGGAGCAGCUGCUGGUGGCAGCGCAGCGUCAGGAUCGCCUCACCGUGGGGGUGUACGAGGCGGCCAAACUGAUGAAUGUGGACCCCGACAGCGUGGUCUUGUGCCUCCUGGCCAUAGACGAAGAAGAGGAGGAUGAUAUCGCUCUACAGAUUCACUUCACCCUGAUUCAGUCGUUCUGCUGCGACAAUGACAUUGACAUCGUCCGGGUAUCGGGCAUGCAGAGGCUGGCGCAGCUCCUGGGGGAGCCGGCAGAGACACUGGGCACAACCGAGGCCCGAGACCUACACUGUCUCCUGGUCACGAACUGUCAUACAGAUUCCUGGAAAAGUCAAGGCUUGGUGGAGGUGGCCAGUUACUGUGAAGAGAGCAGAGGCAAUAACCAAUGGGUCCCCUAUAUCUCUCUGGAGGAACGCUGAGACCCACUCCAAACAUCUAAAGCAACUGUUGAGUUGCUGUCCCCUAAAAAAAGUAAAUAAAAUACAUAUUUGACAGCCCC